AUUUACUUACAACAUAUUUCACAAUAACUUUAGUUUAAAUUUAAAACAUUUAAUAAUAACAAUUUAAUUAAAAUAAUAACAACCCUCACUAUUUAUCAUGCUAUUCAACAACCAAUUUAGUUCAUCAGUAAUAAUAAUGUAUUUAAUAGUGUGUUGUGUUUGCGAUUCAAAUAGUAUUGAUGUGAACACGAGUUCGGGUUCAGUGAGGGGUCAGACACUCCAUGUCUUGAAUCGCUCUAUACAUCAAUUCUUGAAUAUACCCUACGCUGAGCCCCCUUUAGGCCCCCUUAGGUUUGCCCCUCCCGUACCCCUCAAAGCGCCCAAACAGGUUAUGUCCGAUAGCUUAGCGAUGAGUGAAGACUGUCUGGUAUUGAAUAUAUGGACACCAAAUGUGGACAAUCGUAGUAAAAGUGAAGGGAAAGUGGGUCUUAAACCAGUCAUGUUCUUCAUAUAUGGCGGAGGAUUUAUUUUUGGGUCAAUAUUUAAAGACUUGUACAACGGCUCAGUGUUGGCCACCAAUGAUGUGGUGGUUGUGUCGGCUAACUAUAGGGUCGGGCCGUUAGGCUUCCUAUACGGCGGCGAUGAAACAGCGCCCGGAAAUGCGGGUCUUUAUGACCAGUUAUUGGCACUCAAAUGGGUUAGAGAAAACAUACGCCUCUUCGGCGGUGAUAGGGAUCAGAUCACUAUAUUUGGCUACAGCUCCGGCAGUUGGUCGGUGUCCGCACACAUACUCUCCCCGUUAUCUAAGGGACUGUUUAAGAGGGCUAUUAUUCAAAGCGGGUCCGUUAUGUACAACAGAGACCGACCGGCGCUGAGCGCUGUUGAGGCACUGAAUACAGCCAAACAAUUGGCCAGACGUUUAAAUUGCAGUGAAUUUGGCAAUAAAUGCACAUGGUUGGAUUGUUUGCGUGCAAUAAAGGACCCAAAUCUCUUUAUUGUAUGGACUAAUGUUAGUCGCCUCGUAUGGCAACACCCGGUGUUUGGCACACAUUUUCUGCCAUUUGUGCCCAAAAAAGCAUUUAAUACGCGAUCAUUUAAUUUGGGCAUUGAAGUGAUGGCCGGUGUGACCAAAGACGAGGGCAAUGCGCUCUCGUAUUUCCGAAUACCGGAAAUGAAUUUAAAACUCACGGAACAACUGUUCCGGAAAGCGGUCAACAAUUUCAAUGAUGAAUACCAUAACAUAGAUGUGGACAAAGUGUGCGAUCAUUACCUAAAAGGUAUUGACAAAACCAAUUCAUCCCAAUUGAAAGGAGCAUUAAGUGCAUUAUAUGGCGAUUUGGAGUACACGUGUCCCACAUAUCACUUCACCAAGAGUUUGGCCACAAAUGGCCAGAAAGUGGUCUAUUUUUAUCGUUUUAAUUUUCAAACCCAACUGACGGCUCGUCAGAGAAACUGUGCCGAUGGACACGUAUGUCACGCCGCGGACAGUAAUCUCAUGUUUGGCCAACCUUUAAGAUAUCCCUCACUUUACAGCAAAACUGAAUAUGACUUCAGUAUAGAAGUGAUGAAAAUGUGGACAAAUUUUGCAAAAAAUGGCAAAGCACAUGAAGUUUGGCCACAAUUUUGGGACAAAUCUGUGAUUCGUGUGAAAGACUUGAAUCCCAACGAUAUGUCACUUAUUCUCGACAAUCCAUACGAGAGUACAUGUGAUGGC